GGCGAGGGCUCGCCGGGCACAGAGUUCCAGCAGUCCGCUUGCUGUGCCCUCAGCUCCGGAGAAGUGGGUUGUUUUGGGGGGGCGGGGGGAGGGAAGAGGGAAGAAAAGAGGAGAGGCUUUUUAAAAGCAAGACUUUUUUUUUUUUUAACCUCGGGACUCCAAAGAAUUCCAAAGCUUAGCCUCCGUUACCCUGUCUCUCCACCCUCUUCAAACUUUUUCCCCCUCCCACCCUUACCCCUCUCCCGCCAGCCGUCGUGGCUCAUCCCAAGCCCUGCUGGACAGCGGGGUCCUUGGGUUCCUCCUGCAUCUGCGACCAUCACAGGACCUAGAAACAUGUCGACCACACUUUUGUCUGCCUUCUAUGACAUCGACUUCUUCUGCAAGCAGACGGAGAAAUCCCUAACCAACCUCAACCUGAACAGCAUGCUGGAUAAGAAGGCCGUGGGGACGCCCGUGACCACUUCCCCCAGCUCCAGCUUCACGCCGGGAUUUCUCCGAAGGCACUCCACCAGCAAUCUGCAGGCCCUCGCCCACCCUUCCCCGAGCCCGGCCACCGGUCCCGGCAACUGCUCCCCCAAGUUCACCGGCGGCAACAGCUGCAGCAGCACGGGCGGCUCGGGCUCGUACAGUAACCUCAAGGAGCCGUCGGGGGGAGGCGGCAGCGCCAGCACCACGGCCCUGCUCAACAAGGAGAACAAAUUCCGGGACCGCUCCUUCAGCGAGAAUGGCGACCGCAGCCAGCAUCUCAUGCAGCUGCAGCAGCAGCAGCAGAAGUCGGGCGGUGGCUCCCAGAUCAACUCCACGCGCUACAAGACGGAGCUGUGCCGCCCCUUCGAGGAGAGCGGCACCUGCAAGUACGGGGAGAAGUGUCAGUUCGCCCACGGCUUCCACGAACUGCGGAGCCUGACCCGGCACCCCAAGUACAAGACCGAGCUGUGCCGCACCUUCCACACCAUAGGCUUCUGCCCCUACGGGCCGCGCUGCCACUUCAUCCACAACGCCGAGGAGCGCCGCCCCUCGCCCGCGGGGGGCGCGGGGGGCAGCGGGGGCGACCUCCGAGCCUUCAGCCCCCGAGAAGCCCUGCAUUUGGGCUUCCCGACACACCCGCGGGAGCCCAGGCCCAAGCUGCACCACAGCCUCAGCUUCUCGGGCUUCUCGUCGGCCCAUCACCAGCACCCCGGCGGCCUGGAGUCGCCCCUCCUCGAGAGCCCCACGUCGAGGACCCCGCCGCCGGCUUCGUCCUGCUCCUCGUCCGCCGCCUCGUCCUCCUCGUCCUGCUCCUCCGCCUCCUCCUCGUCCUGCUCCUCCUCCGCCUCCUCCUCGUCCUCCUCCUCGGCCGCCGCCCCCUCCUGCUGCUCCCCGACGGCGGCGGCCGCGGCCGCGGCGGCGGCUCUGCUGUACGGGGCGGGCGGCGGCGAGGACUUGCUCUCCCCAGCCCCGUGCGCCGCCUGCGCCAACAACGCCUUUGCGCCCUUCUCGGGCCAGGAGCUGAGCAACCUCAUCACGCCCCUGGCCAUCCACACCCACAACUUCGCGGUGGCGGCCGCCUACUACCGCAACCAGCAGCAGCAGCAGCAGCAGACCCCCGCCGCGCCCCACCCGACGGCCGCGGCAGCCGCCGCCGCCGCCGCGGCCGCCGCCGCCGCUGCCGUGGCCGCCGCCGCCCCGGCCUCGCCGCCCUUCAGCUUCCAGCCCCUGCGCCGCCUGUCCGAGUCGCCGGUGUUCGACGCGCCCCCCAGCCCCCCGGACUCGCUGUCCGACCGGGAGAGCUACCUGAGCGGCUCCCUCAGCUCAGGAAGCCUCAGCGGCUCCGAGUCCCCGAGCCUCGACUCCGGCCGCCGCCUGCCCAUCUUCAGCCGCCUCUCCAUCUCCGACGACUAAGCGCGCAGGGAAGCGGCCAAGAGGAAGUUUUCUGGGGGGGGUUUGGAGGGUGGGUUGGGGUGGCAGGAGGGUGCCCCUCUGCCCUUUUGCCAGCCCCGAGAGGGAGAUGGGUCCGAGUGAGGAGAAUGGGAGGGCUUGGGGAUUUAGCAGCCCCAAACAGACUGCAGCCCCCCCCCCCACGAGGACUUGGGGAUCCCAGCUCUAGGAGCUGCCCUUCCCCCUCCCCCCGCCAGUUUCGGUUUCCUCCUCUUUCGGGUUUUUUAUUUUUUAUUGCAAAGUUGCAUUCUCGUUUAGCAAGAAAAAUAAUUCUAGUCCAACGAACUUUUUGUAUUGACGUGAACAAAACGAAUCUGUUAAAAAACAUAAAAACGGGCAGAUGUAACGGGAAUAGAACAAACAAUAACCAAACCUUUAUUUUUCUAGACCUUGGAUGAGUUUUGAACUUUUAAGGGGGGAAAAAAAAUCAACCCAGCACCAGCAGCUACCGCCAUUCCAUCUCUUAACUUUGAAGCAUUAGUCACCCUGCACUUAGGUGUGAACUGCCUGCUCUUUGGAGAAAUUCCUAAUGGUCAUUUGUCUUUGAAUACAGUGUAAACAAACAAAAAAAGCCACAUUACUAAACUAUAAGCUUAUAAAAUCCCACGAUCUGCCAAGAAUAUGCCUUGAUAACAGUGCUGUAGUUUUAUAUAUAGCUCUAUAUAUAAUGUGCUUAAAACACCACCCUUCCAUUCCAAAGUCAGUUCCAUCACCACCACAUAGUGGAUAUUUCUUUUAGAAAAAUGUUGCCUUUGCUUUCUUGGGAAGCAUUCAAAACCGAGUUUAGUUUAUAAUUGUUGACAAAUAACUGCUGAUUUUUGUUUUGUUUAGCUGUUUUGAGUUGACUAGCACCACUGCACCACAACUCAAUAUGAAAAAAAAAAACUAUUUAACUUAUUUAUUAUCUUGUGAAAAGUAUACAUUGAGAAUUUUGUUCAUACUGUAUUUAUCGGGUAUGAUGAAAAGCAAUAGAUAUAUAUUCUUUUAUUAUGUUUAAAUUAUGAUUGCCAUUAUUAAUCGGCAAAAUGUGGAGUGUAUGUUCUUUUCACAGUAAUAUAUGCCUUUUGUAACUUCACUUGGUUAUUUUAUUGUAAAUGAGUUAAAUCUUAAUUUAAGAGAUUGUAUGUAAUAUUUAUUUCAUUAAUUUCUUUUCUUGUUUACGUAAAUUUAAAGAUUGCAUGAUUUCUUUAUAGAAAUCUUAUCUCGAUGCUGUGGAAGUAGUUUGAGGAAGAUCUUUCUGAGAUUUCUUAGAAUGUAUUAAAAAAAGAAAAAAAAAAAAAGAUUGUAGCCCGUCCAACUUUAAAGAAAAAAGAACCAUAUACUUUGCAAUCAGACAGACUUCAAAGUAUCAAGACUUUUACCUAACUCCAGCUUUACAAAUCAACCAAAAGUAUUUUUGUUGCCUAAAUCCACCAAUCCCACUGUGAUACAUACCCUUGAGUAUAAAAAAAAAAAAAAAAAUGUAGCAAUAAUUGAGGGGCCU